CUGUUUCUUCUUCAUGCGGGAAACCGUUAGCAAUAGCAUGUUUUAAGAAGUCCUAGCUAGUGCCUACUUUAAGUGACGUCACGUAGUCCUACUGCAUUUUGUCCAGUCCGCUCCUUGUUGGUUUGGGGAUACAAAUAUUUGUUAGGGGCAAACCUGUGAAAAUACUAUGAAAACCCCGGUGAGUGUGUUGCGUUUGCCCCGGGGACCUGACGGUACCAGCCGCGGAUUUGACCCGAACUCUCCUCGCUACGUCGCCCUGUGUCCGACAACUAUAUCAGCGUCGACGGGGAGUGAAACGGAUGCUGGAAAUACCGAGGAGGAGCAAAGACUACGGUCGGAGCUGCGAGAGCGCUUUCUGAGGAAUCUUAUAGCCAUGACGGGCAAGCAAGUUCAGUUCAAAUUGUACGAGAAGGUUCAAGUUCAAGCAAAGUUCGGAGCUUCUGAUAUAGACAUCCUGAACUUUCAGGUUUCGGAUUUACAGACACCCCUGGGUGUGCAGAAAGAGGCCCUACUCAGGUGUCAAGAUAUGAUUUCAUUUUCGUUUGACUUGUGAAUAUUUUGAUGAUUUAAGUGUUAUAUAUUUACCUGUUUGCAAUGUGUACUAUAAGGAAUGGAAAAUCCAGCGCGAUGCCCUUUGAAGGCUGUAUAAAUGUCGUGCAUGUCCCUUUGUAGUUUGUUUGGCUGCCAUAAGAGGGAGGUAGAGCUGCGUCCAUUUUAAAUAGGAACACACGGGUUUCCUUUUAGUAGAAACUGAGCUGGAGUGCUAUCAACGAUAGGGGGAAAAAACACAAAAGCUGAUUAAUCGGUGUGGAAAUCCUUUGUUCAUGAUGCCGGUGCUUCUAAGGACUAGUGUAACUGGUUUAUUAAAGGGAAACAAUCUUUCUGUGGUGAUGUGUUCAAUAAAUUACAGUAAUAAAGUUCAUUCUGUGCUCAGGUCACAAGA